AUGAUGACGGUUUGUGCUGCAUCAAGGAGACUGACCCUUUCAAAUGCUAUCCAAGGCAUCUAUCGCGCCGAAGUAGCUCGGCAACGCUUAGAAAACUCGGCUGUUGGUCACUACGAGUGCUACAAACGUCAACCACUUUUUGCCCCUAUCGCAUUCAAGAAUCUCUCGCUGUCACAGAGACCGUUUUCGACUUCCUCAGCUCGUGCCAAUGAAGAAGGAAGUGUUCCAUCACAUGGAGUUACUCGCAAUGACCGAUCAGAUAAUGAUGUGUUGACUGAAUUGACCUCAACAAAAGUCGAUGUUACGCCUCAUUCCUCCAAGACUUCUACGACCACGAAGAAAACUUCGAAAUCCAAGUCGGCACGUUCCAACUCCAUAUCGAAUCAGAAAAAGACGAUGAAAGGCAAGAAGGCCGAUACGAAACUCCCGCAGCACACCGCGAAUCCUCCAAAGAAAGUCAAACUAGAACCGUGGAAGGUACAAAAGCAGGCUCUCAAGGAAAAGUUCGAGGAAGGCUGGCUUCCACGCAAGAAGCUUUCACCGGACACUCUGGAUACGAUUCGUCAUCUUCAUGCAACAAAACCUACUGAGUGGACGACACCAGUUCUUGCUAACCAGUUCAAGGUGUCACCAGAAGCUAUCAGGCGGAUUCUGAAAAGCAAAUGGACACCAUCGGAGGAGGAGAGGCAAGAUCGUAAGGAGCGAUGGCACAGGCGACACGAAAGACUCUGGAGUCAUAUGGAACAGCUAGGCUUGCGGCCGAAGAGAGGAGAACGAACUGCGAAAUUCUCUGAUGCCCGUAAGCUUGGCAUCGAAUCGGCGCCCUCAUCGUCACUAUAA